AUGACGGCACCUACAUUAUCAUUGCCUUUCAUUAACGCCAUAAGUUUACCAUAUCAUGACACAGUGUUAUCAAAUUAUACAAUUGUUAUUGAUUCUCUCAUUCAAGGUACACUUUCCGUCCUCCAUUUCGGAACGCGUAAAUGGCUUUAUAUGAAUCGAUCAACAUCAAUUCAUUCUCCUGAAGAUAUAUUUCGUCCAGAUUGGAUGUGUUGGAUAAACGAACUUUUAUUGGUUUUUCAAGGAAUCCAACUUGCUGAAGAAAUUGAUUGGCAAAUAGGAAUCUCCUAUCUUCAUUCAAAAAUACAUUGGAAGUCAAUGUACUACGGAAACUUACCGUACACAUUCGCAUAUAUUUCCAAAGGCUCAAAACUACGAUUUUUUAUUUUUAAUCCGAAUCUUGAAAUGACAACACCGUUAACUCAGAUUUCACAAGAAUUUAACUUAGAUUCUAUAAUGGACCGAUUUGGAAUUAUAAAAACAGUAAUUAACAUCUAUUCAAUUCUCAAAACAAUUUACCGAAAUUGGGAACAUAUUUCUAUAACGCAUAUACCCUCAAUAUCAUCACUUCAUCCAUUAUAUCUAUCUGUACAACGAAAUGGUGAAACUAUUAUCGAAUUUUUUGGAGAAUUUGUGAAAAAGACCAUUUCAUCGAAUUUAAUGAAUCGAUUUUUUAAGUUUGAAACAUUGUGCGCGAUUUAUAAUGAUACGAAACAUAUCAAGAAUUUAGUGCAUUGUGUGGAUAUUAAUGGAAACUUUGAUAUGCCUGUGAGAGGAAAAGAUGGUGCUUGUAGAUUAUUGAUUCAACCAGUUGGGUACCACUAUUAUCCGACAGGUGAGAAAGAAUGGAAGAGUUGUUUGAGGACUGUUUUGAAAGUACUUCAUGACAUGCAUAAAGUCGGAUGGACGCAUCGAGAUAUUCAUUGGGGAAAUAUUAUGAGACACGAUGGCAAUGAUAUUAAGAAACGAGAUAAAGAUAGUAAUGAGAUGAAGGUGCAAAGUAUAUACAAUGAUGUUGUGCGUGACAAUAUUGUUACCGUGACGAAACGAAGUGACAAUAAUGACGAUGAAUGGUUGUUAAUCGAUCUAGAAAUGGGAGGCAAAGUUGAUGAAGUAUUAGACAUCACAUUAUGGGACCGUUGGCCCGAGAAAGCUGAGAAAGGACAAAUUUACAAAGCUUGUUACGACGUAUGGCAAAUUGAGAGAAUGUUGCAUGAGGUGGGUGAUAGCGAAUUUAAAACAUUUUCCAAAUAUUUUUGGAAAUUUAGGGAUUUGUUACGAAAAGCAGCAAUAGACGAUGUCUCUGCUGCAGAAGCAUUGAAAUGUGAGUGGUUUGUCAUUGAUAAUGAUUUAUUCGAGAAAGAGUAA